UGUCGCCUACUAGAGAUAGCAAAAGAACAAAUUUGUAUUUUGAUUUGUCUUACGUGUUGCAAUAUAAACAGUGUAUUGAUACCGAUUAGUCACAGUUGGAUCUUUGAGUAGUUGGAGGCAAUCUUAAGAAUUUUUUCUUUAAACAUCAAUAAGAAACUCUAAGACCAAGGAUAAUGGGUUUAAAUUUUAUUGACGUUAUUAUGUUGGAUAAAUGUUAUGCAUAACUAUUUUCCUUGUAUCGUGUAAGAUGAAAGGAUUCAUUUGCUUUUAUUUUGUGUGAAGUGUAAAUAAUACUGUGAAUAAAAUGGAGAGGGAUAGCCUUUUAGACUCAGAAUUUCAAAAUGAAGAUCAAAUUGUCGAUGGAAUUGAUGAUAAUCGUGCAAUAACUGUAUGGUUGACAAUUCGUGGGUGUUUAAACUCUGUGGCUCAUAUGCUGAUUGGUGCUAACGUAUUUGUGGCAUUAUGGUUUGCAUUUAAAUCAACUUCAAUAAGUGCUUUUCAAUUACAUGUUGGAUUAUGUGUUAUUGGGUAUCAAUUGCUAAUGUCACAUGCAAUUCUUACACUAAACGAAAAUAAUGCGUGGACUUAUCAAUUGCCAGCUCUAUACAGAAUGCGUCUGCAUGUAGCUCUACAAGUAAUUGGCUCAGUACUGGCUAUAGCUGGGUCUAUAAUCAUGAUGAUGGAAAAAUCCGUUAAUUUUACAUCAAUUCAUGGAAAACUUGCGUUAGCGGCGUUAAUUUUUACCAGUAUCAGUCUUAUCAAUGGAACAAUCUCGUUCUUUUCAAACGGACGAAGAAAUACAAUUAAGAUUGCAAAAAUGAAUCAUGUGUUAUGCGGAACCGCUGCCUUUGUGAUAUCAUCAGUAUGCUUAUGUUUUGGUUAUUAUAAGAAUUCAUUUAAAAAAUGGGCCUCUCUAGAUGUGGCAAUAGUUAUGAUUUGCAUAACCUGUAUUUAUACUGCAAUUGUAGUAAUUAGACCUGGGAAAACUUUCAUAAGAAAAUUUUUGAAUGUUUUUAAAAUUAAGAUUUGUUAACAGAAAGUGGAUUUCUACUUAUUUAAAUUUAUUAGACAAUAGAGAAUAUCUGGAUUUAAAUUUUGUCGCUUAUUUUUUUAUUUUUAUAUUGUUACAACUUUUAUAUAAACCGUAAUAAGUAUGUAAAUGAUUGGAUUUCUUAGUUAUAAUUAUCUUAUUAUACAAAUCUAUCAUAGAGGGCACAGUUUAUAG